UGAGCAUGCAUAGAAUGUAUUAGUAGCUAUUCCUUUCUAUCACUCAGCUAUCAAGUAUUGGACACUCAAAAAAUAGAACUGGGCCGAUGUGAGACUGUCUGCAUAUUGUUUACAGGAUAUUUCAGAUCUGGGGAAUAUUACUGAGAGUCAGCGUCACUGUGGCAGUCGGUGCUGCAGCACGGAGGCUGCUGGAUCAAAAGCUGUGUAUGAGAAGUGCCAGAAAAGGGCACCCGAAGUAGUCACUGCAAAGGAAGGAACUCCUGUAUCUUUCGUCGGCUGGCCCUGGGCAGGCUUUAAGGGGGGGAAAAAUUAUUUUUGAAGAAGUUAUGAAGUCUGAAGAAGAUCCUGAAGAUGGAGAAAAUAUAGUUGGGGAUCCAAGCUAAGUGAAGGAUGGAACAACAUGAAUGUAGGGCAGAAACAAUAGUGUAUUGCUUAGAGCAGCCUGUUUUGAACUCUGGUUGGGGACUUGCCUUGUAAACGGCAGCAGUUUGUAACUGAAUACGAGGUAAAUUGUUUGCUGCUGACAGCAAGGAGCUGCAAGUUCUAUGAUGAGUUGUUGGUUUUCCUGUGCUGAUAAAAACACACUGAAUGCAGAUUGGAACAAAUAUGACGAUCGGUUGAUGAAAGCAGCUGAAAGGGGAGAUGUGGAAAAAAUUUCAUCUAUCCUUGCCAAAAAGGGAGUCAACCCUACUAAACUGGAUGUGGAAGGGAGAUCUGCAUUUCAUGUUGUAGCGUCAAAAGGAAAUUUGGAUUGUUUGAAUGCCAUUCUUACACAUGGGGUUGAUAUCAUAGCCACCGAUGUUGCAGGGAGAAAUGUGUUGCAUCUGGCUGCAAAAUAUGGACAUGCUCUUUGUUUGCAAAAGCUAUUACAGUACAAUUGUCCAACUGAAAAUUUGGAUCUUCAAGGGAGAACUGCUCUUCAUGAUGCUGCUAUGUCAGACUGUUCCUCUUGUAUUCAGCUGCUGUGUGAUCAUGGCGCCUCAGUGAAUGCCAAAGAUGGAGAUGGGAGGACACCCCUAGUGCUGGCCACUCAGAUGUGUCGCCCAACAGUAUGUCAGCUUCUGAUCGACAGGGGAGCUGAUGUGAAUGCCAGAGACAAACAAAACAGGACUGCUCUGAUGUUAGGCUGUGAAUAUGGCUGCAAGGAUGCAGUAGAAGUUUUGCUCAAAAAUGGUGCAGAUGUUAGUUUGGUUGAUGCCCUUGAUCAUGACUGUUCUUACUAUGCCAGAAUUGGUGACAAUAUUGACAUUUUGGCCCUAAUAAAGACUGCCAUUGAGGACUCCGGCAAAGCAAGGGAGCUUCUGAAGAAAGGGCAGCCUGAACAAAAGGUUACUGCUAUGUCACCGAAAUGGAAUCAGAUGUAUCCACAAGAAGUGAACUUCAAGCAGUAUCAGAGGGAACAGCCAAGCAUGCAGGAACUGGAGGCAGAAAAUGAAGAUCUGCAAGACCGACUGAGAGAGAUUCAACAGGAACAGAAAAUACUUUUAGAACGAGUCGGUGUGCUAGAGCUACAACUGAAUGAGGAGCAAAUGGUUGCAGAUGAUCUUGAAAGUGAGAAAGACGAGCUGCGAAGACUCUUAAUGUCCAAGGAAAAACAGCAGGAAGAAAGCUUAAGAAGUAUUGAAGUUCUGAAAUUGAAACUUCGACACUAUGAGCACACAUCUGAACUUAUGUCUGUUUCUGUGCCACCUAAUCUGCAGACCAAGUCUAUGCUGAGACCACUGGAGCUGUCACUAUCUAGCCAGUCCUCCAGUUCUGAGAGUGAAGCUCUAAAGAGAGAGCUAGACAACAUGAGAACCUGUUAUGGAGCAGCAAAAGAAGAAAUCAGCAAACUUCAGAAAGAGCUGUCUCAUAAGGUAGCUGAAUGCAAAGCUUUGGCAUCCGAGUGUGACAGAACCAAGGAGGAAUCGGAUGGCCAGAUAAAGCAAUUGGAAGAUGCUUUAAAAGAUGUGCAGAAGAGAAUGUUUGACUCAGAAGGCAAAGUAAAGCAAAUGCAAACCCACUUUCUUGCGUUGAAGGAUCACCUGACUAAUGAAGCUGCUGUAGGAAGCAGUAAGUUAACAGAAGAACUAAAGGAUCAACUGAAAGACAUGAAAGCAAAAUAUGAAGGUGCUUCUGCAGAAGUAGGCAAGCUAAGGAACCAAAUCAAGCAAAAUGAAUUGUUAGUUGCCGAAUUUAAAAGCGAUGAGGGGAGGCUGGUGGAGGAAAACAAAAAGUUACAGAAGGAACUCGGUAUGUUAGAGAUGGAGCGAGAGAAGGGUGAGAGAAAUGUCUUGGAGGUACAAGGACAGCUAAAAGAAGUGGCAGCAAAGUUAGUCCUCUCUGUACCUGUUGAGAGAUUUGAAAAUAUGAAGAGUUUAUUGUCAACCGAAGUGAAUGAGAAAGCAAAGAAGUUAUUACAGAUGGAAAGAGAGUAUGAAAACCUGCAGGCAGAGUAUCGGCUCGUAAAGAAGGAAUUCGAAAGUCAGAAAGCUAAACUUGCUCAGCAUGUGAGGCCAGAGGAGCACGAACAAAUGAGGGGCAGAUUUGAACAAAAAACUAGAGACCUGGAAAAAACGAUUUCUGAAUUAGUGUUGAAGAAUCAGACAUCGCAGAAGGAAGUGGAAAAGGUUCACAUGGACAACAAGUUGCUUAAGCAGCAAAUAACCACGCUAACGGAGGAGCUGAAAAGCCAAUUUGUGCCUUUAAAACUGAAUGAAGAGAUGAAAAAAGCUAGUGAUCUGACUAUUGGGGAUCUGACCCAACAACUUGCUGAAGUAACGCAAAAGUAUGAUGAAAACAAGGCAGAAGCUGAGAAGUUGCGGAUGGAAAAGACCCGUUUAAGUGAGACUGUAAGUCACUUCCAGGCUGUGUACUUGUCUCCAGAAAAGCACGAAAAAGAAGUGGCAGCCUUGAAAUCCAACAUUGUGGAACUUAAAAGGCAGCUUGCUGAGCUUCAUCAAAAAUAUGAUGCUGAACAAGCAAAAGUCUUCAGACUUGUGUCUGAAAACACAACUCUGAGGGACACGAUGAAUGCUCAGUAUGUGCCUGCUGCAACACACGAGGAGAUUAAAACAGUCCUGAACAAUACAUUAGAAAAGACGAAUAGAGAGUUGUCAGAGCUGAAGGAAAAAACGGAAGAUAUAAAGCGAGAAUUUAUGAGAGUAAAUGAAGAGAAUGGAACUUUGAAAAAGAAGCUGAGGCUCCUACAGAACAACAUCCAAACAGAGUAUGUAAAUAUAAAAGAUCAUGAGAGUAAGGUGUCGACCUUAAGUAAAAGCAUUCAAGAAUUACAGGACAGAAACACUGAAACAUUGACUAAAUAUAAGAGAGGUCAAGAGGAAAUCUCUCAGUUGCAUGCCGAAAUUGAAGCCCAGAAGAAGGAACUAGACACAAUUCAAGAAUGCAUUAAGUCAAAAUAUGCCCCAGUUGCCUGCUUUGAAGAGAAAGAGAGAGACUUUGAUGCCACGGUGAAGGAACUAAAAAAACAAUUGCUGGAACAGACACAGAGAUGCAGAGAAUGUGAAGAUGACACACACAAAUACAAACAAGAAAACGAAAAGUUAAAGAAUGGGUUUUUGUCUAUCCAAAAUGACUUGCAACAGAAUUACAUUCUUGCUGAGAAAUCACAUGAAAUGGAGAAAAUGUUCACCAGCAAAAUGGAAGAACUGAAUAAGCAACUGAGAGAAUUACUGCACAAAUACACGGAGAUAAAACACGAGAAAGACAAGCUCCAAGAAGAGAGCGCUAAGCAGAUUUCGGAGGCCCUGGCUAUGCAAACUCGUAUGCAGGGCCAAUAUGUUCCCAUGGAACAAUUUGAAGCCUUGAAGAGAACGCUUAGCCACACGAUAGAGGACCUAAAAGAAGAACUCAGCAGUAAGAAGGCGUGCUAUGACAGAGAAGUAGAAAAAGUAAGAGAACUAAAUCUACGUAACUCCUCGAUAUCUUUGAUAGAACAUGCACAGAUGAAAGGAGUGCUCGAAAAAGAAAUUACAGCCGUCCAAACUAGCUUGAAAAAAGAGGUGGAAGAAAACCAAUCCAAAAGUGAGGCAAUUGCUAAGCUCCAGUCUGAGAUUCAGAGUGCUAGACAAACUUUAACUGAACUGGAGAGCAAGGAAGUCAUUGAGAUGUCGGAGUACAAAUCCAUGAAAAGUGCCUUAGAGAGCCAGGUGACCAGCAUUGCUGGAGACUUGGCCAGCUUGAAUAGAAAAUACGAGGCAAUGUGUGAAGAAGCCAUGCAAGCCAAAAAGGAAGAGCUCUCUGCAAAAGAUGAGAAAGAAUUGUUGCAGUCAAGAAGCUUCAGCAUUGAACAAGAAAUUAAGGACCAGAAAGAGAGAUGUGAUAAAUCUUUGACGACAAUCACUGACUUGCAAAAAAGAAUCCAGGAAUCUGCAAAGCAAGUGGAAGCAAAAGAUAAUAAGAUAACAGAGCUACUAAAUGAUGUAGAACGCCUAAAGCAAGCGCUCAAUGGCCUGUCUCAGCUUACGUACACCUGUGGGGUUCCCCCCAAGAGACAGAACCAGCAGGUUGAAAUGCUCCAGCACGAGGUGAAAACCCUGCAGCAGCAGCUGGCUGAUGCUGAUAGACAGCACCAAGAAGUAAUUUCAAUUUAUCGGACCCAUCUUCUUAGUGCUGUGCAGGGCCACAUGGAUGAAGAUGUACAAGCUGCCUUACUCCAGAUCAUUCGAAUGAGACAGGGGCUUGUUUGUUAAUCUGCUUAAUGCUGCUUCUGUGCCAUGGCUGCUGCAUCCUGUAGGAGUGCUGUGACUACAGUAGUAUAACCUGCAGGACCUUUGUCUUAUUGUGGCGUUGAAACCGUACAAAAUAUGCCCCCCCCCGCGUUAUUCCAAGAGGCUGAAGUCCUAUGCUCCUUGUAAAAUAGCACAGUAUGGCAACUGAGUUCAAAUUGGACAUUUCAGAUACGUGGGAGUAAACCUUGUGCAGAAUUUAUUUUACAAUUGGGGUACAAACUGGCAGUCAAAAUGAUGACAUAGUACUUCCACUCUUUUAAUGUCGGAUUGACCAUUUUAGAAUAUACAAAUCCAUAGUCAAUACCUCCAAAUUGAUUCUAUUGUAAUUCCCAAAGCAUGAAUGACAGUGAGCUAAAACUGAAGUGACUGUGGCUGACAUACUGUGACCGUGUUUCUUUCUUUUAAUGGUUAACAAGCGUGCUUUGGAUGAUCAUAUCAUGUUGAUCAUCAGAUUGACAGUAGGUCAACUACAAAAAAAGAUGGAUAGUGUGGAAGUAUCCAGUGUAGCUUGGCUGGCCAGGUUACAUUCUUUUAUUUAAGUAAUUUAAGAUUUAGUGCCUUAGUGUUUUCCUUAGAGGUACAAAUCCAUUUUCUCCAGCCGACACUAACUUUUAUGCUUUUUUACAAGAGAUAUUUUUUCAUGAAUGCUGUAUAACACUGAUUUCAGUAGGCUAAGAAACAGCAGGACUGGAGUAGAUCAUGAACGUAGAGCAGCAAUUUCAGUCUCAAACGAAAGUCCAGUUUUUAGUCUUCUGUAUCUUUUCUAACUUCAUUAUGCAUAAAAAUGGACCUAGAUUGUGUAGCACACUUGAUAAAGUUGUACAUUGUCUAACUCAAGUGUCAGAUGGUCACCCAUUUUCCAGCAAAAGCUUAAGAGGUUUUUCUGGUUUAUUAACGCUGUAAAUGAUGUACUAUAAUCAGUUUUUGGUUAUUUAUAGGGAAAU